AUCGUCCACCUGCUGCUUACUCAGAGUUUUUGUCUGAAUUCACUGAAUUUUUAUCUGAUUUAGUGCUUAGUACGGAUAAAGCAAUUUUAGUGGGCGACUUUUAUAAUAUUCAUGUUGAUACCCACAAUGGUCAGUUUGAGCUGCUUCUCACCUGCAGCUUCUUGAUUUGGUAAUAAUUUAAAAUGGUUUUCUUUAUUAUAUGAAAGCAAAACAACAACAACAAGAGAAGAAUCUGGUCUGAUGUGAACUGGUUAUUGUGUGUUUUCCUGUGUGGGUCUGUCACCGUGUAGACGUGUUGUUUCUCAGAUGAAGGUGACUUUCAGGUGUUGGUUUAUCAGAUAAAAGCAGCUUUAAAGCAGAUUAUCAGAAACGUUCAGGAACAAAAACAUGGAGUCACAUGUUCCAUUAAUAAAAACAUUAAUGAUGAUGAUGAUGACUCCACAGCCUGUGUGAGUUUAUUUUAGAAGAAGAAAAAAAACAUUUUUCUGCCUGAUGAUUUUAAAAUAUUUGAACAUUUUAAAAACAUUUCAUACUUAAAGGACCAAUCAGCUUCUGGCUCCACCCACCCUGUCUGUCUGUCCACCCAAUCACAUCAAAGAAAAACGAGAAAAAAAACACUUCAUAUAAAUAGAGUCACUUCAGCUGCACGCAUACUAAGUUCCUCCAUUUCACUCUAACUGGUUUAGCUGAAGUCUGGAUGGUUUGUUGUUAGAAUUGGUUUUACUGGUCUCGUGGUGCUGGUCCCAGUCGUGGGGGUCAGUGGUAUGGAGCGUCGUCAGAGUCUGGAGGAGCAGCUCAGAUGUCCCGUCUGUCUGGACAUCUUCACUGAACCGCUAAUGUUACAGUGUGGACAUUCCUACUGCAGGUGUUGUGUGCGCUCCAUGACGAUGGACCUGCUUGGCCAGCUGCAGUGUCCCGUGUGUCGCUGUGCAGUUGACGGAGACAGUCCUCCUCCCAAUGUUAGUCUGGCUCGAAUCAUUGAGGCGGUGCAGGAAGUGAGUGUUUCAGGUGGAGCUCAGCUGGAGUCGUGUCCUCAGCACCAUAACCCGCUCAGUCUUUACUGCGAGGACGAGCAAACGGUGAUCUGUGGCCUGUGUGGGAGCAUUGGUUCACACCGCGGACACAGAAUCACACCUGUGAGCUCUGUCUACAGCCGCAUGAAGGAGGACAUUUCGUGUCUGAUGACAGAGUUCCAGCAUCAGAGGAGUAAACUUGAAGAUCACAUCUGUAAAAUCGCGUUCAACAAAUCCAGGAUCACGAACGAAUCUGAUGUGCUGAAGUGGGUGAUAAGGAAGGAGUUCGGUGAGCUGCGGCGCUGCCUGGAGGUGGAGGAGGCCGGGUUCAUGCAGCAGGUGGAGACGUCCGCCGCCGCCCUGAUCUCGUCCCUCCAGAACCAGACGGACCAGAUAAACCAGAACCUGAACCGGCUGCAGGAGGCACUCAACACCCUACGGGACCUGAGCAACGAAGGACACCUGGACUUCAUCACGAAAUACGGAUCGAUCGCUCCAAGGUUCAGAGAGAGUCGGGUUCUCCUGCAGAGGGAGGAGAGGCUCUUCAGCUCGGUCAACUUCAGACCAGGUUUCAACCACAACGACAUCAAACUCACCGUGUGGAAGAGACUACACCGAAAAGUCCUGCCAGCACCAGAGAUGUUGAAGCUGGAUCCUCAGACUGCUCACCCGAUGUUGGAGCUCCAUCAUGGGGAGACGGUGGUGUCCUGUGGGGCUCUGCCGCGGAGAUUUCCCGAUAAUCCAGAGAGGUUCAGUUACAGUUACUGUGUCCUGGCCAACCGAGGCUUCUCCUCUGGGAAACACUACUGGGAGGUGGAGGUGGGUAACAAACCUAAAUGGCGUCUUGGUUUGAUCAAAGGAACGACGAGUCGGAAGUCCAAGCUAGUGAAGAACCCAGAGAGUGGGGUGUGGCUAAUUGGACUGAAGGACGGAGUUUAUGAAGCCUUCGCUUCACCCAGGGUGGUGCUGCCAGUGUUGCCACCCCCCCGCCGGGUGGGACUGUUCCUGGACUAUGAAGGUGGAGGUCUGACCUUCUAUAACAGCGACAGUCCUGAUGAGCUGGGUUUCAUCUACAGCUUCAGACUGGAGGUCCAAGGGAAAGUCUACCCCCUGCUGGACGUCUGCUGGCACGGCAGAGGGGACAACAAACAGCCCCUGUCCCUCCCCCAGCCUCACAGGGAGCCCCUGUCCCCCCUCCCCCUCACCCAGCCCCAGAAACAGGACAAGUGACAGUGUCGUCCUUUAUCAAACGGCUCUGUGUCCAGUGUCGGCUGAGACCAUCGUCAGUGUCUCUGCUGUGUAAAUAAAAACUCCAUCACUGUUUUUGUUGCUCGUCCAGUGUCAGUGAACUUGUCUGUUGUUUAGUCAGAGCCUUGUCUGUGGUUGAGGCUGAGACUGAGCCUGACCUUGCUGCCAAAAUAAAGUGAAAACAACAUGCAGCUGCGUUUCUGUUCAUUAAGUGUUCGACUGUUUAUGUUUAAAAGUUUUUCCUCAGUUUCGUUGUUUGAUUCUAACAGUUUAUAUGUGACACAGAUUAAACAUCUACUUAA